ACGUAUCGAAUUCAGUGCUCUUCCAGACGCCGUACCGAAUUGGUCGACUUGCGACGCGCGGCCGUACAAUGAAGUUGGUUCUGUCCUGUGCUAUUGGUGCGCUCCUGUGCGCUUCGUUAGGAACGAUUUACGCAUCGGAUGCAACCAUAUCAGCAGAUGACGAUGAAAGGUCAGGAGACAGAGGACCACUGCUGGUAGAUAACUAUAUUCCCGUGACGAUGCAAAUACUGCAACACUGUAUCGAGAUGAUUCAGUACGAGCCAACGAUGACACCGCCAAAUGCUGAAGCUGAAAUAAAACCUUCCACAACCACCACUACUACUACUAAACGGCCCACAACAACGACAACGACUGCUGCUGGAAGUACGUCGUCUACCUCAACCAGCAAGCCACCACAGGACAGCCCGUUAAGUACCGCUAAGCCUGCAGAUGCAACACUGUCGCCCACCAGCCCGCACAGACCGGGCUACUACGGUCCAGCAAAGCCCCCGCCAACGGUUGUGACCACGACGACGGGGAAACCGACCACCACUUCGAGCACCACGACUACUGAGAUGCCCAAAGUGAACGAAAGUCCCACCACCGAGACGCUGCUGUGGAGUGAUAAACCGUUUGCCGAGUGGUUCUUGCAAAGCAAGCGCAAGAAGGUUCAGCCGAUCUCUUCCCUGAACGUGCAGCUGUUAGAUCCGCUGCCACUGCGGGUACUGCAGGACUUUAACCGCGAACCGUACGAACCACCCGCGCUACGCCCGGAAGACAAUGCCAACGAGUUCCGGCGCCUGUACGACGACAAUUACCGGGGGCCGAUCUCGCUGCUGGUGCUGGAAAAGGGCACGAAAAAAGGUGGCAAGAAGCGGGUACCGCCAACGAAACCGUACCUGCAUAUGCUUGUGCUGUACGAUAUGUUGAAGCGUGAAGCGAAGAAAAACAUGUACAGCAUCUACGAGGGAUAUUCGGAGGCCAUUCUUGGCGAGCUGUCGGUGAUGGAUUUCCCAAAUGCCAAGGAACAGCUCCAUUACGCGCUAACGCAGCUGCUGGAGCGUAAGGACAUCGAAAAGUCGGACGUUGUUUCGCGCUCGAAGCAGAUGAUUACUGACUUGAGCACGCGCAAUAGUGCGAUAACGAUGGCGUUGGAAGUGGUACCGCCGCUGCGGUUUGGAUUGUGAUUUAGACAAAUACUAGCCAACAUACAAUUGAUGUUUUACAAACAACGAUACAAUUAACAUAUACUUAAA